AUGAACAAAACUCAUCCCCAGAGAAAUGGUGAUGUAGCUACUUUUGAUUCAGCAAAGUCCUCUGAAGAAAGAGCUGAUCGGCAUUGCUGUUGUGUGCGCUGCUCCACGCCGUGCGGCUGCCCGCGGAGACGUGCCUGCAUCUCUGCCCCGGCACUGCUCGUCCCCGCUGCCGCCGUGGGCUUGGCGGUGGCGCUGGGACUCCUGGCACAUGCGCCAGUGAACCGCUUCUGUGCAGCCUCCAAUAACCGGACAGGCUUCUUGUGUGAUGACCGAGCGACUUGCAUCCUGGCCAGCCAGGUCUGUGACAGAGUCAGAAACUGCAGGAACGGAGAGGAUGAGCAGGAGAAACUCUGUGGUGACUUGCCCCACAGCCUUCCAGGAUACCUGGUUUUCCGCUGCAGUAACCCCAUGUACUGGGUCUACGCCGAUCAGAGAUGUAAUGGGAAGAACAACUGCGGAGACUGCUCUGAUGAGAUGGGGAGCUUGGCUGCCUGCCCCCCGUGUGGGUCGGAGUGGUGGAGCUGCAGCCCUGUGCUCUACGAGUACUGCUCCUGCAUCCCCAGGAGGCUGUGCCGGGACGGUGUCCAGCACUGCCUCAGCUGGUCCGAUGAGUAUAUCUGCAGACCCUGA